GUUCUGGGAUUACAGGCACGAGCCUCUACGCCUCGCCAUUUCUGUCAUUUCUAAUUUUAACUGUUGCUGUUAUAAACAGUGCUGCAUUGGAUAUCCAUGCACAUAUGUUUUUGUGCCUGUGUGUAUGUCUAUGGGCUACAUUUCUAUAUGUUGAAUUUUUGUAUCACAGGGCACAUACAUUAAAUUGCUGAUAUAUAGGGCAAAAUUGUCCUCCAAAAAGGAUGAAUCAAUUUAUAUUCUUACCACUCGUGUGGAAAGUGCCUGUUUCCUCAUACUUUUUCAAACACUGGAUGACAUUAGUUCUUUUUUCAGUUUUGUUAGUGAUGGUUGUGCUAGUAUGCUAGGUGGUAUUUCCUUUUUUUUUUUUUUUUAUUUGAGACAAUCUCACUGUCUCCCAGGCUAGAGUUCAGUGUUGCAAUCAUAGCUCACUAAAGCCUCGGACUCAAGUGUGCCUCCUGCCUGAGUCUCCCAAGUUGCUGGGAUUACAGGUGUGAGCCACCAUGCCUGGCUUUCCUUAUUUUUAUUUUGUGUUUCCUUAAUUAUUGCUACUGCUAUCACCACCACUGCUAUUGUUACAGUGGUGAUAAUGAUGAUGAUGAUGAUGAUAAAGAGAUGGACUAGUAACUUUAGGCAUCUCUGCCUAAAUUUGCAUCUCUGUGAAUUGCCUCUUUGAAUUCUCUACCAUUUUUGUUUACAAGGCCAUUUAUGGUUUUAUUACUGAAUUAUUGGAACUUUUAAUGAAUUAUAGAUAAUUGGCUUUCUCUGGUUUGUGUGUGGUAAAUAUAGGCAUACCUCAAAGAUACUGCCAGUUCAGUUCCAGACCACAGCAAUAAAAGCAAAUAUCACAAUAAAGCAAGUCACAUUAAUUUUUUGGUUUCCCAGUACAAUAGCAUUAUUUCUUUAAAAUUUUAAUUUAAAAAUGCCUUAAUUUAAAAUUACUUUAUUGCAAAGAACUGGUAACAAUCAACUGAGUCUUCUACAAGUCAUAACCUUUUUGCUGGUGGAGGGUCUUGCCUCAGAGUUGAAGACUGUUGAUGCAUUAGGGUGGUGGUUAUGGAAGGCUGGGUGGCUGUGGCAAUUUCUUAAAAUAAGAAAACAGUGAAGUUUGCCACAUCAAUUGACUCUUCCUUUCACAAAAGAUUUCUCUGUGGUAUGCAGUGCUAUUUGAUAGCAUUUUACUCACAGUAGAACUUCUUUCAAAAUGGAGUCAGUCCUUUCAAACCUUGCUGCUACUUUAUCAAAUAAGUUCAUGUACUGUUCUAAAUCCUUUGUCGUCAUUUCCGAAAUGUUUAUAGUGUCUUCAUCAGAAUUAGAUUCCAUCUCAAGAAACCACCUUUUUUGCUCCUCCAUAAGAACUCCUCAUUCGUUCAAGUUUGAUCAUGAGAUUGAAGCAGUUGUGUCACAUCUUCAGGUUCUACUUCCAAUUCUAGUUCUCUUGCGAUUUCCACCACAUGUGCAGUUACUUCCUUCGCUGAAGUCUUGAGCUCCUCAAAGUCACUCAUGAGGGUUGUAAUAAAAUUCUUCCAAACUGCCAUUAAUAUUGAUAUCUUGACCUCCUCCCUUGAAUCACAAGUGUUCAUAGUGGCAUUUAAAAUGAUACAGCCUUUCCAGAAGGUUUUCAAUUUACUUUGUUCAUAUUUAUCAGAAGAAUCACUAUCUCUAGUAGCUAUAUCCUGAUGAAGUUUAUUUCUUAAACAGUACGACUUGAAAGUCAAAAUUACUCUAAGAUCCAUGGGCUGCAGAAUGGAUGUUGUGCUAGCAGGCAUAAAAACAACAUUAAUCUCCUGUACCUCUCCAUCAUACCUUUUGGGUGACCAAGUGCAUUGUCAAUGACCAGUCAUUUUGAGAUCUUUCUGAGUAGUAGGUCUCAACAGUGGGCUUAAACUAUUCAGUAAACCAUGCUAUAAACAGAUGUGCUGUCAUCCAGACUUUGUUGACCCAUUUAUAAAGCACAGGCAGAAUCGUUUUAGCAUAAUUCUUAAGGGCCCUAGGAUUUUGGUAUGGCGAAUGAGUGUUGGCUUGAUUUUAAAGUCAACAGCUGCAUUAGCCUCAAACAAGAGAGUCAGCUUGUCCUUUGAAGCUUUUAAGACAAACAUUGACUUCUCUUUAGCUAUGAAAGUCCCAGAUGGCAUCUUCACUGAACAGAAGGCUAUUUCAUCUACAUGGAAAAGCUGUUUAGUGUAGCCACCUUCACCAGUGAUCUUAGCUAGAUCUUCUGGAUAACUUGCUGCAGCUUCUAUAUCAUGAGCACUUGCUGCUUCACCGUGCACUUCUAUGUUAUAGAGAUGGCUUCCUUCCUUAGACCUCACGAACCAACCUCUGCUAGCUUCAGACUUUUCUUCUGCAGCUUCCUCACCUCUCUCAGCCUUCAUAGAAUUGUAAAGACUCAGGGCCUUGCUUUGGGUCAGGCUUUGGCUUAAGGGAAUCUUGUGGCUGGUUUGGUUUUGUAUCCAAACCACUAAAACUUUCUCCAUAUCUGUGAUAAGGCUGUGUUUCACUUUGUUGUCAUUUGUGUGUUCACUGGAGUGGCACUUUUAAUAUCCUUCAAGAACUUUUCCUUUGCAUUCACAGCUUAGCUAACUAUUUGGCACAAGAGGCCUUGCUUUAGGCCUGUCUUGGCUUUCAAUAUGCCUUCUUCACUAAGCUUAAUCAUUUCUAGCCUUUGAUUUAAAGUGAGAGACAUGUGACUCUUCCUUUCACUUGAACACUUAGAGGCCACUAUGGGGUUAUUACUUGGGCUAAUUUCGAUAUUAUUGUGUCUCAGAAAAUAGGGAGGUCCAAGGAGAGGGAGAGAGAUGGGGAAUGGCAGGUGGGUGGGCGGAGCAGUCAGAACACAGGUAGCAUUGUAUUGAUUAAGUUCACCAUCUUAUAUGGGCGGGUUUCCUGGUGCCCCAGAACAAUAACAGUAGUAACAGUAGUGAUCUUUGGAUCACUUAUCACAGAUCUUCAUAACAGAUAUAAUAAAAAUGAAAAAGUUUGAAAUGUUGUGAGAAUUACCAAAAUGGAACACAGAGACAUGAAGUGAGCACAUGCUGUUGAAAAAAUGGCACCAAUAUAUUUGCUUGAUGCAGAGUUGCCAGAAAUCUUCAAUUUUUUAAAAAAAGCAAACAAAAAAGUCUGUAAUGUCUGUGAGGCACAAUAAAAUGAUAUAUGUAUGCCUCUAUAUUUUUCCCAGGACUGUUGUCUUUCUUGAUUUUUCUUGAUUUUUUUUAAUGAUUUUUUUUCACUACAGAGGCUUUGUACAUUUUUAUAUAGUCAUGCAUCAUUUAACAGUGGGGACGUGUUGUUAGACAAUUGUGUCACUGCGUAACCAUCAUGGAGUGUACUUACAGAUACCUAGAUGGGUAUAGCCUAUUGCUCCUAGUCUGUCUAUAAACCUGUGAGGCAUUUUAGUGUACUGAAUGCUGUAGGUAGUUGUAACACAAUGAUAAAUAUUUAUGUAUCUAAACAUAGAAAAGGUACAGUAAAAAUACAGUGUUAUCAUUAUUCUGCACAUGGCUGUAUAUAAAAUUACAACUUGUAUAGUUUGAGUUUGGUGGCUUUAGGAAAGCCUUUCCUAAUCAUCAAACGAUAACAGCGUUCUGUAUUAUAUUUCUCUUGAUUUCAUAAUUUUAUUAUUUUAACCUUUAACCUCUGUGGAAGGAUAUAGGGGUAUGUGUGUAUGUUAGUUAAAAGUGUGACUUUAUGUUUUUCCUACAUGGAUAGCCAGGUAUAUUGAUGCUGUUUGUUGAAUGGUUCAUUCAGCCUUUCCCCUAGAUUUUAAAAUGACCAUUUCUCACAUUCAAGUGUGUAUACGUGCGUGCGUAUGUACUAUGUACACGUGUGUGCCGUGUGCAUGCAUGUCUGUUGUUCUGUAUCUGGACACUGCUCUGUUCCAUUGAUAUCUUUGUCUUUUUAUUAAAAAAAAACACUGUUUUAAAUACAGUAGGUUUAUGGGGAAAUCUGCCCCCUUUUAUCAUAUACUUUUUUUUUUUCAUUAAAAUUACAGAUUUCAUGAUUACACUUUCUUGCAUUUUUACAGAUUGGGGCUCCUUCUUCCCCAUCCACUAUGAGUUUAGGAUUAUAAGAAAGAUAAUAACUGUCUCCACUUACUGGAUAGUUUUCUGCACUGGGAAUGCAGCAAAGCGAAGGCUGGAGCUAGGAGAAAGUGGUCAUCAGUACCUCUCAGAUGGUUUAAAAACCCCCAAAGGCAAAGGAAGAGCUGCACUACGAAGUCCAGAUAGUCCAAAAACUCCAAAAUCUCCCUCAGAAAAAACGCGGUAUGAUACGUCCCUUGGUCUGCUCACCAAGAAGUUCAUUCAGCUCCUGAGCCAAUCGCCUGAUGGGGUCUUGGAUUUGAACAAGGCAGCAGAGGUGCUAAAGGUGCAAAAGAGAAGGAUUUAUGAUAUCACCAACGUUCUGGAAGGCAUCCACCUCAUUAAGAAGAAGUCUAAAAACAACGUCCAGUGGAUGGGCUGCAGUCUGUCUGAGGAUGGGGGCAUGCUGGCCCAGUGCCAAGGCCUGUCAAAAGAAGUGACCGAGCUCAGUCAGGAAGAGAAGAAAUUAGAUGAACUGAUCCAAAGCUGCACCCUGGACCUCAAACUGUUAACCGAGGAUUCAGAGAAUCAAAGGUUAGCUUAUGUUACAUAUCAAGAUAUUCGAAAAAUUAGUGGCCUUAAAGACCAAACUGUUAUAGUUGUGAAAGCCCCUCCAGAAACAAGACUUGAAGUGCCUGACUCAAUAGAGAACCUACAAAUACAUUUGGCAAGUACCCAAGGACCCAUUGAGGUUUACCUGUGUCCAGAAGAGACUGAAACACACAGUCCAAUGAAAACAAACAAUCAAGACCACAAUGGGAAUAUCCCUAAACCCACUUCCAAAGACUUGGCUUCAACCAACUCAGGACAUAGCGACUGCUCCAUUUCUAUGGCAAACCUUUCUCCCUUGACCUCCCCAGCCAACCUUCUACAGCAGACUGAGGACCAAAUUCCUUCCAACCUAGAAGGACCGUUUGUGAACUUACUACCCCCCCUUCUCCAAGAGGACUACCUCCUGAGCCUUGGGGAGGAGGAAGGCAUCAGCGAUCUCUUUGAUGCCUAUGAUUUGGAAAAGCUCCCACUGGUGGAAGACUUCAUGUGUAGUUGAUUAUGCUUUGUGUGAACUCUCCUUACAAACCAAUAUUUUUUUAUCACGGAACCAGAACAUCUGUCAUGCAGUGUUGUCCCUUCCUACCUUCUUCCUCCAAGAGAGUAUCAUGAAGUAAACUACAAACUUCAGAAGAAAGCUGACAUUUUAAUGAAUUUUUUUUUUUUAAAUAAACAAAUUGUCUAAACGCACAGUUGCAGGCUCCCUUGGGAAAGCCCUGCUUUGCCCAGGCUCCAAGAUCUCCUGGAUUCGUCAGCAAGUGAGAAAAUGUGCAAUCAGGUGUCUCUCACCCAGACUUUUCCUUCCUCCCCUGCUCCCUUCCUCCCGGAUUGGCUUGCUGUGCCUGACGAAUGGGCUGUAGAAUGGGGUCUGGCCACCUGGCCCACUAGGAAACAGCAAUCUUCCUUAAUAGCAUUUCAAGCCGUGCCUUCUCCGCAGAAUGCAUGUCUUUGGGGUCUGCUAAUAUGGAAUGGAACUGCAGCAAUUACAAACUUGAAGUCAUGCAAAAGUAUGAAAUGAAUUUCUUCAGCUCUUCUUAGGAAUAUUUAAAUUACUGUCAUAAUUCAGUUUAAGCUAUGGACUGUGUGUCCCACUAGGAGGUCAAGAGAACCUCCACAGCCUUUCAGAUGAAGAACCUGUUUUCAGAUAUACUUGUUGCAGAUACAGAAGACUAAUAGAGUUCUGCCACUCUAAGCUGUUGUGGAUUUUCCUGUCUCCAUAAACCACUCCCACUUCCCCUAUCCCCAACGUAUUUGUGAGUCUCCAUUUGAUUUGUAGCAAAUGCCUACUUAGGAGUUCUUUGUGGAUUGUUUUAGACUUUUUUUGUUUUUUUUUUUUUUUUUUAGCUGCCAUUGAAGCAUUCCUGUGGCACCCAUCACCAUUUCAAUUUAAUUGUUUACUUUGGAGCAGUUUUUGCAAAUUCACGUUACUUAAGCAGAGGGAGAGAACCUCUACUGAUCAGAGCAUCUAAACCUGUGUGACCUACAGUCUACCAGCCUCUGCAAGCUUUGUCCCACCUUGCUUCCUUUCCCGGUAGGGGGAGCUUGGAGCGAGUCAGUCCUGGGGCUCGCUGACAGGGGUGGCCCAUCAGAAAGGAGAACCAGGUCUGAUGACAUAGCAGUCCCAAGGGGCAGCAGGCAUGGAUCCCUCCGUCCUUGGGCUUCCCGGGGCCCCUGCGACCGGGGAAAGGGCUCUCUUACUCCGCACUCAGGGAGACCACUUCUCAGGAUGGGGUCAGAUGGAGAGGCCUCUAGGUAGAAAGACAUCCCCAUUGUGUGAGUGGCAUUUCCUUAAGCUGGCAAGAACAAGAGGCUCCCACUGUGUCGGGAGCUGGCAUAGUUCUGGCCAGAACCGGUCCCCUUUCCUCUGUGAAGGAAUGAGUAAGGGAAGUCGGGACGUAGAAAAUGAAGGGAAAGAAUGCCAGGGCGUCUUCACUUGACUCUUCAGGAAUGGCAGCACAUGUUGGGGGCUUUGUGUCAGCUGCAGAUCCUACAGGUUGUGUCCAAGAAUGGCUUUCCCAUUGGCGGGUGGCACUGGCCAUCACCCACUGGGAAUGUGGCUUCAUAGGACCUCCAGUCCAUUCCUUGGAUGCUAAGGACUGCGGGAAUGAGGGAGUCUGUUAAAGAACAAACCUCAGUAGGAACAGUUAAAUUGAAAUGCUGUGCGCUUGCCCCAGCGGCAGGCACCGUAGUAGGCACUCAACUCAUACGUGUUUAAUCGAAUUGAAAAUAUCCCUUAGGAAAAAAAACAAAAACAGAAACCACAAGAGCCCCAGCCAGUUUACUCUAGGUAGAUGUCCACAAUAUGCAAAGUGGUGGUGGGGUCAAGUCCGAUGACACCAGCACUUUAAACUCUUUGUGUGGGUAUGCAUGGGUGUAUGUUUGGGAAGAAAAACAAAGGUGCAGACUAUCUUCCUUUUUCUUCUUCGGCCUCCAUCCCCGGCCUCCUCCCCUCACACACACUGGACUUGGUACAAAAUAUCGGUGUGGUCCGAGAUGAAGCUUUGGGGUGGGGGAGGCAGAGGGAGCUUUGUGUUAAGUGCCUACUGGAAAUGCACUGUGGGGUUUUUUCCUGUAUGGGAAACCAUUUAUGCCAAGCUUUUCCCCAUUUCCCAUAUUUAUCUCAUCUGGUUAGCUGCCUCUGCUUCCAGCUUUGUGUAAUUCUCUUUGCCAGCUGCACAAAGCUGAUUUUUUCCAAAGUCUAAAGACUGAGCUCACCUGGCUAGGUUGUUGUGUGUUUUGUUGACUUUCUCUCGUUGAACCUUUUCGUAAUGUAAUGCCAUAUUUAUUGUUUUAAAAAUGAAAGGAAUACUAAUAAGUCUUAAAAGUUCCUUCAUGCAUAAGAUUUUUCCAGUUACUGGGCGUAACUGGUGUACAUGAAAUUAGACCUCCAUACUGUAUUCUGUUCGCAUUAGUCAUUUUCUUUUUGACAUAGUAUCUAGCACACAAAGUUGGGUUAGUAGUACUACAGUAUUUGUGUUACUUUAAGUACUAAGUAUGCAGGUCUCCUGGUACCAUUGAGUUGCUGCUAUUAAAGCUCACACAUGAAAUGGCUAAAAGUUACAAGUGUGCGGAUUAUGACUGCGUGAGCCUUAGAAAAUAAAAUGUAUAAAGGGCAACACAUGAGCUGUCAAACAGUGUUAGGUGUGUGUUUAUAUGUACAGAGUUGUGCAUAGCAAUCGUUUUAUUUAAGUUGAUAUGUAGUCUACUCACAUUUUCAUUAUUUAGCAAUUUUGUACAAAAAUAGCAAUUAAUUUGUAAACACUGCCAGAAUAUUUUCUAGCUGGUUUGUAAUUUUUUAAGAGUGUUAUUUUGUUCGUUUUUGUUGUUGUUGUUGUUGUGGUUCUUGUUUUCAUUUUUGUUGUACGUGUAGAUCUGUAAAUAAAAUUGCAGUAUUUAAGCUUUAGCUUUCAGGAAAAAGAAAAUAAGAACUCAGUGUGUGCAUGACAACUCGUGUGUAUGAGAAGGAGGGAUUUGAAGGAAGAUGCCUUGCAGAGUAAGUCGGGUGGCAAUUGUCAGGGUGUGGGAAUUUCUUUUCCUACGGGGUACAUGAUUUUGUAAAAAGGAAGUAUUUCUCCCAAAAUUGGGAGUAGGCAAACUACUAAUCAAUUUAGCUUUGUGUUGUAUGCUAGUUUAAAAAAGAAAAUAUGUAAUAUAAUGUAAAAAACAACAAAAAAAAAGCUUUUAUGAUGGAUUUUGUAAAUAGAUUUGUUACAGGGUGACCUGUUCUCUAGCUGUGAUCUUACCACUUCAAAUGGGUGUAAUUUGAAUAAAUUUUGUAUGGUAAAGGAUCAAUAAAAUGAUUUUUUUUUAUGAGUU